GUGGAAUAUAAGAUUAUAAGUUAGGCUUAUAGUUACAUUGAAUUUCAAGAAUCAAAAUAAAAAUGGAACUAACGAUGCAGUUUAAAGAAAAUAUUUUAAGUGAUCACAAAGGACCAAAGCAAACUUACUUCAGCCCUUAUGCAGAUAAUGGAGGGAGUAUCGUAGCAAUAGCAGGAGAAGACUAUGCUGUGAUAGCAUCAGAUACUAGGUUGAGUGCUGGAUUUUCUAUCUAUACUCGGGAACAAUCUAAGCUUUACAAGCUAUCUCAAAAGUCUGUUCUUGGAUGUGCUGGUUGUUGGUGUGACAUUCUAACUUUUACAAGACUUCUGGAAGCCCGAAUGAAAAUGUAUGAAAACGAACACCACAAACAAAUGUCUACUCCAGCAAUUGCUCAGCUCGUAACAACCAUGUUAUAUUACAAACGAUUUUUUCCAUACUACAUUUCGAACGUUUUGGCAGGUAUUGAUGAAGAAGGUCGAGGCUGCGUGUAUUCUUAUGAUCCUAUUGGUCAUUGUGAAAAAGUUCAGUAUAGAACGGGUGGAUCAUCGAGUGCUCUUCUACAACCUCUUCUGGACAACCAAAUAGGAUUAAAAAACAUACAAGAUGCAACACCUGUUUCAAUAGUUAAAGACAGAGCCAUUGCCAUCAUCAAAGAUGUCUUUAUCUCUGCAGCUGAGAGAGAUAUUUACACUGGCGAUGGAAUCGUUAUGCACGUUAUUACUAAAGAUGGCAUUACAGAAGAGAAGUUCCCCCUACGUACCGAUUAAACCAUGUUGUUUUAUUGGUCAUGACUAAUCUUGUUUUCUAUUACUGUAACCCUUUACAAAAAAUAAAUUAAUACUUACU